AUGGCCUCCCCGGAGGAGCCCCCGGCGGGCCUGGGCGGCCCCAACAGCCCGAGAGGCGCCAGCUUUCGCGGCGUGGACCCCCAGCGCCUGUCCGAGAUGCUGUCCUCCUCCACGAUCAGCCACUCCCUCACCAACGCGGACAUCCUGCAGGCCUUCCCGGCCCUCUGGGACACGCCCUUCAUCCCCAAGUCGCAGCUCAUCUUCGUGCGCCAGAUUGGGCAGGGCAGCUUCGGCCGCGUGUUCAAGGGCAUUGUCUACGAGCAGGACGUGGCGAUCAAGGAGCUCACCGUGCGCAACGUCGUGGACACCCUUGGGGAGUGCCCGCCGGAUCCCGCCCCGGAAUCUGAGGGAUGUCCGUGUCGAGACUGUGAUGCAUCCACGAUCGCUCGAAAUUUGCUGGCUCUGGAGAAGGAGGUGUCGAUCCUGCGGACCCUGCGGUUCAUGAAGGUGGUGAUGUUCCUGGGCGUGUGCCUGGACCCGCCGUGCAUUGUGACCGAGUACUGCGCCAGGGGGUCGCUGCUGGACGUGCUGGCCAAGGCGAAGGAGCGGCCGGACGUGAACGGGAAGCGGCUGACAUGGAGGCGGCGACUGGGCAUGGCGCUGGACGCGGCCAAGGGGAUGAACUACCUGCACUCGCAUAUCCCGCCCGUCGAGCACAGGGACCUGAAGAGCCCCAACCUGCUGGUGGACGAGCACUGGAACGUGAAGGUGGCCGACUUCAACACCUCGAGGUUCAUUGACCCCAUCAUUGUGACGGCAUCUGUAUGCGCCAACAACCCACGCUGGCUUGCUCCAGAGGUCCUCGAAAAAAACCUCCACACGACUGCCUCCGAUGUGUACCCCUUUGGAAUCAUUAUGUGGGAGCUGUUAACAUGGGAGCAACCCUGGGAGCGUGACAACGUCAACACAUUCCAGAUCCUGCAGUUCGUGCUGAGGGACGACCUCCGGCCGCAGAUACCCCCAAAGGAUCAGCUGCCAGGGGAUGCAUGCCCAGACGAACUGUAUGACGACUACGUGGCGCUGAUGACCGAGUGCUGGGACCGAGACCCUGCCAAACGGCCCAAAUUUCAUGAUGUUGUGCAGCGGCUGACUACCAUGAAGGAGAAACUGGUGAUGAUAGUGAAAUCGGAGAGCUGUGCACAGGAAAACAUCAGGGCGCUUGCACCAACACCCCCGCCAGUGCACAUGCGCGAGCCACCACGUUCUCCAAGGCUAGAAGCCCACACCAAGACGCCUUUUGCUUCAGGACCAUUUGCAGAAGGUCCACCCCGUCCACCCGGCCCGCCUCCGGUCGGGUUGCACAGCAUCCCCAAGCACCUGGACACUGAAGACGCUGAAAUAGCAGCCAGGCUGCAGCGCAGCGCUAGCCUUGGCCAGCGGUACUGGCGGUCCCUCAGGGAGCUGUUCGCCAGUGAAAGGAAGGUGGAGGGCCAGUCAGAGAAGUGGAAGGCCAUCAUGCAGCUGCUGGCAGACGCGCCAAGCGCACCGAGCGACCUUGAGCAGCAGGUGGGGCCCAGCAUCAGCCUAGGGGACAGGGAAUUGCCAUACGUGCCAAAGCCUGACGAGGGGCCCACGAAGCUGAGGGCUGGCUCCAAGUGGAAGGUGCUGCAGAACGUGUUGGGGGACGGGGAGCGGAGGGGCAUGCACAAGGGGUGGCAGGUCGUCAGGGAGGUGCUUCAGAGCGAGGGCAGCGGUGUCAGCGAGCAGGCCGUCCAGGAGGCAGUUGAGGAGUCACAGCAGCAGCGCGCACCGCCUGGCCAGAUGAAGGAGGGGCACCCUGCCGCAUCCCAGGCAAAAGCCCGCAAAAAGAAGUCAGGGAAGUGGGGAAUCGUCAAGAACUUGAUGCUGACUGAGGACACGUAUCCAGCCCAUCCGGGCUGGGAUUUCCUGAGGUGGAUUGUUGAGCUGAACCCCACUGGGAUGGGAGCAGCGGGGAGUUGCCCUGCCCCCAGCAGUCAGUUGGAGGGAGGCGCAGAUGUGGCUGCAUCGGGAGACUUGGACCAGGGUGGUAAGCCUCUGGAGGGAGCCGUCAAGGGGGGCGAAUGCAAGGUGAAGCGGUCUAAGCGAUGGGGCGAGCUCAGGGACGUGUUGCUGGGCGAGAUGGAUGAAGUGCCCAAGGUGGAGCAGAUGAUGCAUCCUGGGUGGCAAGUCGUCCAGGAGGUGUUUGGGGUGGAAGAUGAAAGCAGGGAAGUGCCGACGCUGAGCGUUGGCGACGAGCCAGCUGCGGACUCCCCGCCUCCCGCCCCAACGACGCCUCCGAUCGAGGAGGUGAGUGCAGCACCGUCACUGUCCACAGGAAUGGGCCACCACCCAAAGCAUCCCGGACCGCCCAGGGUGGGCGAGCUGCCGCAGCCUCCCGCUGGAGCCACAAACUGGGACUUCCUUAGGCAGCUGCUAAAGAGCGAAGAGAGCUCAAUGCUUGUCAACCACUGGGACUUCCUGGAGGAUCUGGUGAAGGAAAGGAUGUCGUCUUCUGGGAGCCUGGAUGAGGAUACAGCGAGCUCGCAGAGGGGCGAGUCGACAGAGCUGACGGACAGGGUGCCCGCAGGCAGGAAGUUGGUGAAAAAGAGGGGAAUGUCCAAGCAUUGGAAGAAGGUGAAGGACCUGCUGAUUGUCGACACAGAUCCACCCUCCCCGGAAAAGUGGCGCUUCCUGAAGGAGUGGCUGACAGGCGACGACGAUUUGGGCCCUGAGUGGCACGAGCUGCGUGACUUUGCCUCAAGGAUGGACGGUGUUCCUGAGGGAGCCAGUUGGAACAUCUUCCGCACCUUGUUUUUCGAGGACGUGAAGAUCAGGUCUCACCCGCACUGGAGCUUCUUGAAGGACCUGAUGGUGAAGGAUGCGCACCCGAACAAGAAGCUGAUGAAGGGUGCGUCGAGCGCGUUCAAGACAGAUCAGGUGAAGCAGUUGUUCAAGGACCCUGGUAAGCCCAUCAAUGAGUCGCAGUGGGGGGCGUUGCGGACACUGAUGAUGAACAACCCGGAGGAGGGCAUGGAUGAAUUACGGGAAUAUGCGAUGGAGAAUGAGAGGCCACCUGUGAGGUCCAACUGGGACGACAUCCUGCAGGUGUUGGCUGCUGGGAAGUGA